GAGAGCCAGCCAGGAAGAGACUCUGGAACCGGGCCUCGAGGGACAAGACCAGGGAGAGGCCCAGGACAGGUGGGCUGGCUAGUCGCCCCUGUCACUAUGCAGGAAGGUAACUUCCUGCUGUCUGCCCUGCAGCCUGAGGCUGGGGUUUGCUCCCUAGCGCUGCCCUCGGACCUACAGCUGGAUCGCCGGGGUGCUGAGGGGCCGGAGGCUGAUCGGCUUCGAGCUGCCAGAGUCCAGGAGCAAGUCCGAGCCCGCCUCCUGCAGCUGGGCCAGCAGUCGCGGCACAAUGGGUCUGCUGAGCUUGAUGGCUCCGCGGAGAGCGCCAGAGGCAUGCCCAGGGGUCAGUACCACACUAUGCAGACUGGCUUCAGCUCCCGAUCCCAGUGCAUGAGUGGAGACAAGACCUCGACCUUCCGGCCCAUCGCCAAGCCGGCCUACAGUCCAGCCUCCUGGUCCUCCCGCUCAGCUGUGGAUCUGACCUGCAGUCGGAGGCUGAGUUCUGCCCACAAUGGGGGCAGUGCCUUUGGGGCUGUGGGAUAUGGGGGUACCCAGCCCACUCCACCUAUGCCCACCCGGCCAGUGUCCUUCCAUGAGCGAGGUGGGGCAGCCAGCAGAGCUGACUAUGACACAUUAUCCCUGCGCUCACUGAGGCUGGGACCAGGGGGCCUGGAUGACCGUUACAGCGUGGUAUCUGAGCAACUGGAGCCUGCAGCUGCCUCUAGCUACAGGGCCUAUGCUUAUGAGCGCCAGGCUAGCUCCGGCUCUAGCCGAGCAGGAGCCCUGGACUGGCCAGAGGCCACUGAGGGUCCACCCAGCAGGACCAUCCGUGCACCUGCCAUGCGAACCCUGCAAAGAUUUCAGAGCAGCCAUCGAAGCCGUGGGGGUACUGGGUCAGUGUCAGGUGCUGGCCUGGAGCCGGUGGCCCGAGCCCCAUCUGUGCGCAGCCUCAGUCUUAGCCUGGCUGACUCAGGCCACCUGCCGGAUGUACGUGGGUUGGACAGCUACACAGGCCAUCGAACCCUGCAGAGGCUCAGCAGUGGCUUUGAUGACAUCGACCUGCCUUCAGCAGUCAAGUACCUCAUGGCCUCAGACCCCAACCUGCAGGUGCUGGGAGCAGCUUACAUCCAGCACAGGUGCUACAGUGAUGCGGCAGCCAAGAAGCAGGCUCGCAGCCUUCAGGCAGUGCCUAGACUGGUGAAGCUCUUCAACCACGCCAACCAGGAGGUGCAGCGCCACGCCACGGGUGCCAUGCGCAACCUCAUCUACGACAAUGUUGACAACAAGCUGGCGUUGGUCGAGGAGAAUGGCAUUUUCGAGCUGUUGCGGACACUUCGGGAGCAGGAUGAUGAGCUACGCAAAAACGUUACAGGGAUCCUGUGGAACCUGUCCUCCAGUGACCACUUGAAGGACCGGCUCGCCCGAGAUACACUGGAGCAGCUCACAGAUCUGGUGCUAAGCCCUCUGUCAGGGGCAGGCGGGCCCCCCCUCAUCCAGCAGAAUGCUUCUGAGGCAGAGAUCUUCUACAACGCUACUGGCUUCCUCAGGAACCUCAGCUCAGCCUCCCAGGCCACUCGCCAGAAGAUGCGUGAGUGCCAUGGGCUAGUGGAUGCCCUGGUUACCUACAUCAACCAUGCCCUGGACGUGGGCAAGUGUGAGGACAAGAGUGUGGAAAAUGCUGUGUGUGUGCUGAGGAAUUUGUCCUACCGCCUGUACGAUGAGAUGCCACCAUCAGCCUUGCAGCGGCUUGAAGGCCGGGGCCGCAGGGACAUGGCCGGGGCACCACCUGGUGAAAUGGUGGGCUGUUUUACACCACAGAGUCGGAGGCUACGAGAGCUUCCUCUCACAGCUGAUGCACUCACCUUUGCCGAGGUAUCUAAGGAUCCCAAGGGCCUCGAGUGGCUGUGGAGCCCCCAAAUCGUGGGGCUAUACAACCGACUGCUGCAGCGCUGUGAACUAAAUCGGCAUACAACGGAGGCGGCCGCAGGGGCACUACAGAAUAUCACCGCGGGUGACCGCAGGUGGGCAGGCGUGCUGAGCCGCCUGGCCCUGGAACAGGAGCGUAUCCUGAACCCCUUGCUGGACCGCGUUCGCACCGCUGACCACAACCAGCUGCGCUCACUGACUGGCCUCAUCCGAAACCUGUCUCGGAAUGCCAGGAACAAGGACGAGAUGUCCACAAAGGUAGUGAGCCACCUGAUUGAGAAGCUUCCUGGAAGCGUGGGUGAGAAGUGUCCCCCAGCUGAGGUACUGGUUAACAUCAUAGCUGUGCUCAACAACCUGGUGGUAGCCAGUCCCAUUGCUGCCCGGGACCUGCUCUACUUUGAUGGCCUCCGAAAGCUGGUCUUCAUCAAAAAGAAGAGGGAUAGCCCUGACAGUGAGAAGUCCUCCAGGGCAGCCUCCAGCCUCUUGGCCAACCUCUGGCAGUACAGCAAGCUCCACCGUGACUUCCGGGCGAAAGGCUACCGGAAAGAGGACUUCCUUGGCCCAUAGAUGAAGUCUCCUGGAGGUGAAGUGAUCCAGCUUCCAAGAGAUAGGUUCAGCUCCUGCUGUCCCACAGCACAUAGAAGAGGAGCUGAUGCCACAGGACCUCUCUCUCUGGAGUCCUGUGUGUACCCUUGAGGGGCCAGGGCCACCAGAAAAGAACAGGCGCUUGCAACUGGGGAAUGAUUGGCUUCUGCAGGGCAAGGGAAGUGGGUAGGGCUUGAGCUGCUCUGGUGUACUGGGUGGUGAUUAGUCACACUGGCAAGGGUGGGGCUGCCCGUGGCCUGACAGCUUUGUGACGGCAACAUUGGGAAUAAAGGUGGUUUCGAACACA